GGAUUAAUGGAGCCUUUAUGUCAAGCAUGCGAUCGGUUACAAUGGAAGCAACCCACUAAAAUUCAAUGUGAAGCUAUCCCAGUUGCGUUAACAGGUAAAGACAUCAUUGGCUUAGCUGAGACUGGCUCUGGUAAAACUGCCGCUUUUGUCUUACCCAUUCUACAAGCAUUAUUAGACAAACCUCAGCGUUUAUUUGCCUUAAUUCUCACUCCUACAAGAGAAUUAGCUUUUCAGAUAAGCGAACAAAUUGAAGCGUUAGGCUCAUCGAUUGGAGUCCAGUGUGCUGUCAUAAUUGGUGGUAUCGAUAUGAUGACACAAUCAAUCAUGCUAGCUAAAAAACCACAUAUCAUUAUCGGAACUCCCGGUAGGCUAGCGGAUCACUUAGCCAACACCAAAGGCUUUAGUUUACGACCAUUGAAAUAUUUGGUGAUGGAUGAAGCAGAUCGUAUUUUGAAUAUGGACUUUGAAGCUGAAGUCGAUAAAAUAUUGAGCGUGUUACCUAAAGAACGAAGAACAUAUUUAUUUUCCGCUACCAUGACCAAAAAGGUAAAAAAAUUACAAAGAGCGUCUGUCCAAGAUCCAGUCAAGAUAGAAGUUUCAACCAAAUACACUACGGUAGAAAAGUUACAGCAAACUUAUAUCUUCGUUCCGGCUAAAUACAAGGACUGUUACCUGGUUAGCAUCCUAAACGAAUUGGCUGGAAACUCUUUUAUGGUAUUUUGUGCCACUUGUAUCAACACACAGCGCAUUGGUCUCAUGCUUCGCAAUUUAGGCUUUAAUGCAAUCCCUUUACAUGGUCAAAUGUCUCAGAGCAAAAGACUUGGGGCCUUACAUAAAUUUAAGUCAAAGGAGAGCUCUAUCUUGGUAGCAACUGAUGUUGCAAGUCGCGGAUUAGACAUCCCACAUGUAGAUAUUGUAAUUAAUUUCGAUGCCCCAUCACACUCAAAGGAUUAUAUUCAUCGAGUUGGUAGAACCGCUAGAGCUGGAAGAUCUGGAAGAUCAAUUAUUUUCGUAACGCAAUAUGAUGUAGAAUUAUUUCAAAGGAUCGAACAGCUAAUUGCUAAAAAGUUACCGGAAUAUCCGACAGUUGAGGAAGAAGUUAUGUUGCUAAUGGAACGCGUUGCAGAAGCACAAAGAUACGCUAAAAUGGAGUUGCAGGAAACUAUGAAUAAAAAGAGAAGGCCACUAGAUGAUGAAGAAGAAGGCGCUGCAACAUAUCAACUGGCGAAGAAAGUCAAACUAAAAGGAGCUAGAUUUAAAAAGCGCUCGAAAUAA